UUUGUAAAUAGAAAACAGUCUUCGGAAAGGUUUUACUUAGCGAUUUUUAACAAUGUUCGUAUAUAAACUUCCGCUUAUCUUGGGUGUUAUCGGCUUAACUUUAGAGUCGCCUGCGCCAGUUGAAAACGUUGAAACAAAUAAUGAUAAAGAUGGUAAAAAAAUUGAAAGUAGUACCCUUCGGCUAGUAACAGUGGUAAUGAGGCAUGGAGACAGAGCACCACAGGAUACUUACCCAAAUGAUCCUUACAUCAAUAAUACUAUGGAGCCUUAUGGUUGGGGUCAAUUAACAAAUGAAGGGAGAAGAAAUCAGUACAAUCAAGGUCUUUUCCUACGAAAACGAUACGAUCAUUUAUUGGGCCCGAUAUACAACCCUGACAUAUUUUAUUUGCAAUGUACCGCGGUCGAUCGUACAAAAAUGUCUGCAAUGUUAGAGGCAGCAGCUUUAUGGAAACCAAAUGAAAACCAAGCUUUUAAACCUGACUUAGCCUGGCAACCUGUUACCUUAUUUUAUCAACCGCGUUCAGAAGAUACAUUAAUGUUAAUAUGGGAUACGUGUCCGAAGUAUACCAAGUUACGACAUACAAUUACAAGUCUGUCAGAAGUUCAACAAAUUCAAGAGAAUAAUAGACUACUCUAUGAAGAAUUGACGAGUUUAACGGGUAUGGAGAUUUCAACACCAGGUGAUGUUGGUUCACUUUACGGAACAUUAACAGCAGAGAAACAUAUGAACUUAACACUUCCCAAAUGGACUGAAGAUUAUUUCCCUGAUAAACUGAUACCGCUUACAUUAUACGACUUUCAACUUAACGUUUAUAAUGAUCUUCUUAAGAGACUUAAAGGGGGACCAUUUGUUAAAAAAAUUGUUACCGAUAUGUUAGCAAAAAGAGACGACACUUUAGAACCUGCAACAAGGAAAAUGUUUAUGUAUAUUGGUCAUGACAGUACAAUUGUCACUCUUUUGGAUGUUAUGCACGUAUGGAACAAUCAAAUGCCAUAUUAUAAUAUCAUGACAAUGAUCGAAUUGCACGAAACGAACAAAGGCUGGAAUGUUCAAAUCUUCUUAAGAAAUACCACUGAUCAUGAACCAUAUCCUCUGACUAUUCCUGGAUGUACAACGGUAUGUCCUCUUGAAAAAUUUGUACAGAUUUUAAAACCAAUGAUACCAGACGAUUGGGUAGAAGAAUGUAAAGUUGACGGAGAUUAUACACCUCCGCCUGCCCCACUUCCUUGAUCAUAAUUAUAUUAUAAAGAUACAAAAUGUACCAUGAAGAAAAUGAUGAAAGUAUUACUUAAGUAAUUAACUGUUAG